CCCAGAGCAUCUCCACCGUCGUUCGAAUUGGGAAUCUCAUCCCAAACCUCUCACUCGCGAGCGAGCGCUUGUGGGAUCGAAUCGAUUCCUCUCUAGGGUUUCGAAUCGAUCUCCUCCACUUUCUCCUCCUCUCUCCCCGAUCUCUAGGGUUUCCUCUCCUCCAGGGUUUCCCGGAUUCGAGAAGGCGAUGUACAACGGCAUCGGGCUACAGACCCCGAGGGGGUCGGGGACCAACGGCUACAUCCAGACCAACAAGUUCUUCGUCAAGCCCCGCACCGGCCCCCACAAGCCCGACGCGGCCGCCGCCGCUGCCGGAGGAGGCGACGCCGCCGCCGAUGUCGCCGGGCGGAAGCCGAACAGGGACAUACUCGAGCACGACCGCAAGCGCCAGAUCGAGCUCCGGCUCCUGAUCCUCCGGGAGACCCUCGAGGAUCAGGGCUACACUGAGGCCGAGAUCGACGAGAGGAUCGAAGAGAAACGGAGGAGCCUCGAGGCGGAGGCUACCGCUGCCUCUGAUGCGGCGGAUGCUGGGGUUGGCUCUGGCGAAUCCCGUGCCCUGGCAAAUAAAAGGUUUUCUGACACACAAAGCCAUCAUGUAGCUGCACGCAAAGAGAAACAGCUUGAAACGUUGAGAUCUGCCCUUGGUAUAAAAGAAAAUGAACAUAAUGAAGAAGAAGAAAGUGACUUAGAAUCGGGAGAAUUUGUUGAUGAAAAACCUCAAAGGCAGAAAAAGGAUAUGAAGGAUUUAGAGAAGAGACCGGAAAAGUUGGAUGAUCAACAGUUGGAUAGUAAGAAUAAGGAAGAACUUCAAAAUAAGAAAGUUCGGAAGGACUUACAUGAUGAGGAAAAGAUGUAUGAGGAAAGCAGAAAAUCACGAAAUGAUGUGUCAAAACAGAAGGAUAAAGAUGCCAAAAAGGGCAAGUACGAGGAUGAUUCUGAGAGUGAUAGGGAAAGAACGCAUGUUGAUAGGAAUAAGAAACAAUAUGGGAAGAGUUCCCGAAGACAUGAUUCUGAGGAUGAUGACUCUGAUUCUGAUAGUGAUUCUAGAAAAGAAUAUAAAAGAAGAGAAAGCAAAGGUGUCGAGAAGCACAGGAGACAUGAUGCUGGCGCUGAUUCAGAUUCAGAGAGCUAUCAGAGAGAAAGUAAAAGAGCAGUUGAGAAGCAAACGACAAAGAGUCGGAGGCAUGAUUUAGAAGAAUCAGAAUCUGAAACUGAUAGUGAAAGGAAGUCUAGGAAGAGGGAAGCAGAGAAAAGCAGUAGAAUUGCCAAACGAAAGAGGAGUGAUUCUGAUGAUUCAGAAUAUGCAAGUGAUACUGAUGAUGAAAAGGAGAAAGGAAAGAGAAAUGCCUUAGGUUCCAUGAAACGUAACAAAAGCAGCAGAAGACAUGAUACUGAUGGUUCAAAAGACGAUAUUGAUGAUCGAAAGGAUAGAAAAAAGAGGUUGGAGAACAAUACUAAAUCAACCAGAAGACAUGAAAGUGAGGAUUCUGAUGCUGGUAAGGAAAGAAAAAAUUAUAAUAAAAAGUUGAGUGGCCAUCCCAAGUCAAGGGAGUCAACUGAAGAGAAGAAGGAAACUAGUUUAAAAAAGAGGAGGCGGCAUGAUACAGAUGAUGAGAGCUCCGAUUAUAACAGUGAAAGUGAGAGCUCUGAUUAUAGUAGUAGUGACUCCGAUUCUGAUGCUAGUAUAAUGAGCAGUCCGGAUAAACGUGAGAAUAAGAAGAUAGGCAAAGACCGCGACAGUGUAAUAGAGGAUAAGAAAGCAAAAGCGCAUAGUUCAGCUAAUACUGAAAGAGAGGAUUACCUGAAAGCCCGAAGCAGGGAAAUGUUAGAUGGUGAAAGGAAAUCUGAAAAGAGUUAUCGAGUUGAAGAAAGGCGUGAACGCAAUGACAUUGAUUCCCUUGAAAAAGAAAGCAGAAGGGAAAGGAGAAAAGACAAUAAUGAUGGAAAUAUUAAGAAGGAUUUAUCAGAUGCUGUAAGAAGAUCUGAAAGGAGUUACAGGGUUGAAGAAAGGCAAGAAAGGCGCGAAAACAAGGAUAUUGAAGCCCUUGAAAAAGAAAACAAGAGGGAAAGGAGGAAAGAGGACGAUGAUGGUUUGAAUGAUUUAAAGUCAAGAAGAACUGAUGUAGCAGAAGAGACUAGGAAGGAGAGGGAAAGCCGAGGAAAUAGGGACUACGAUCGUGGCAGUCGGGACGACCGAAGAGGCUUAUUAAAAGAUCGCUAUGUGGAGGAUGAACACAGAAGCAGAUACCGCAGCAGAGAUGAGAAUGCACAUGAGGCUAAGAGGGCACGAUAUGAAGACUCCCGUCAUCAGUCUAAGAAGGAUUACUAUGACGACUAUUCUGCAGAGGCAAGCAGACACAGACGACGAUGAUGCUACAGAUAUUUUUAAAACAAUGAAUUGGUGCUUGCUGUAGGGAAUGCCGUGGGAAGAGUAUCCUGAAAGCUUAUUUUGGUUAGUGUUGUAAUAGCUGCGAACAAAGCUUGAGCAGCGAAAGAUUAUCCUGAAACCUUUUUCUAUUUCAUGUUGCUUGAUGAUAUGCUUGUACUAAUGCUUGUACUUACAAGAUGUGUGAUGUAGUUCUCUUAAUAUGGUGUCGACCGUUGACAUUUUGUUAUUGAAAUGUUAACUUUCUAGCUC